AUGGAGUAGUUGUGCUAAUUCAAGAAUGAUAAAUUUGAUUUCUUAAAUUUACUAUGGCUGUGUGCAUUUCAAUAAUUGGGAAAGAUAAUGCCCCUUUAUACCUAACUACAGCUGAUAUGGAUAAGGAACUGGAACUUCAGUAUCGGGUCCAUGCUGCACUCGAUGUCGUUGAGGAAAAAUGUCAGCCUAUCAGUAAAGCUACGCCAGAAUCCAAAGAACUCUACUUGGGUAUGCUGUACUCGACUGAGACACAUAAGAUUUAUGGCUUUGUGACUAACACCAAAAUUAAGUUUGUCAUAGUUGUGGAUUCAGGAAAUAUAGCACUGCGUGAGAAUGAAGUGAGAGCGAUGUUUCGAAAUUUACAUAUGCUUUACACGGAUGCUGUCUGUAAUCCAUUUUAUGCGCCGGGCGAGCCCCUCGCUUCUAAAAAAUUCGAUCGUGCAGUACAAAAAAUCAUUGGCGGCAAUGCUUAAAUGUGAUUUGAUAUUCUUUUUUUUUAUUAACUCUUUAUUAUUAAUAUCGCCCAUAUGUGAACCAAAAAAAAUAUACAUGUAUAUAUGUAACACUUUACUUAAAAUAUAUAACGUUCAUAAGAACUCGGCCAUUCCAUAACAUAUGAAUAAGGUGGAAAUGUCGUAAGAAACUUCUUUGUUUCUGCAUCGCGUUCAUGCUCAAAGCUAAUAUAAUGUCCGGAAAUGCCUAACUGCAUUAGCGGUUCCUCAAAUUCACUAUUCUCCUUCUGCAAUAUGACAAAUGACUUUAAUGUUUAUAUUUUUAAUAAAAUAAAAUAAGCUUACUUUCAAAUCAAUGUAAAA